AAUGGGGCUGGCUCCGAGGCGGGCCUUAGGUCUCCCAGGUUCGUCUCCUGCGCGUUUCUUUCGGAGCGGUGGUGAAGGGCCCGGGUGAGGUAGGGGUGCUUGUUGGGUCUCAUGGCUGCCUCCGGGAAGCUCAGCACUUCCCGUCUCCCGCCGUUGCCCACGAUUCGAGAAAUCAUUAAGUUGUUCAGACUGCAAGCAGCGAAGCAGCUAUCACAGAAUUUCCUCCUGGACUUGAGGCUGACAGAUAAAAUUGUAAGGAAAGCUGGCAAUCUGACAAAUGCUUAUGUUUACGAAGUGGGCCCUGGGCCAGGGGGAAUCACAAGAUCUAUUCUCAAUGCUGAUGUCACCGAACUUCUGGUGGUUGAAAAGGACACUCGAUUUAUUCCUGGAUUACAGAUGCUUUCUGAUGCAGCACCUGGGAAACUGAGAAUUGUUCAUGGAGAUGUCUUGACAUUUAAGGUAGAAAAGGCUUUUUCAGAAAGUCUUAAAAGACCCUGGGAAGAUGAUCCUCCAAAUGUACAUAUUAUUGGAAAUCUGCCUUUCAGUGUUUCAACUCCACUGAUUAUCAAGUGGCUUGAAAAUAUUUCCUGUAGAGAUGGACCUUUUGUUUAUGGCAGAACUCAGAUGACUUUGACUUUUCAAAAGGAAGUGGCAGAGAGACUUGCGGCCAAUACAGGAAGCAAACAGCGUAGUCGCCUCUCUGUUAUGGCUCAGUACCUCUGCAAUGUUCGACACAUCUUUACAAUUCCAGGACAAGCUUUUGUCCCCAAACCAGAGGUGGACGUGGGCGUGGUGCACUUCACUCCCUUGGUACAGCCCAAGAUAGAGCAGCCCUUCAAGCUGGUGGAAAAAGUGGUUCAGAAUGUAUUUCAGUUCCGAAGGAAAUACUGCCAUCGAGGGCUCGGAAUGUUAUUCCCUGAAGCGCAGCGCUUGGAAAGCACGGGCAGGCUGUUAGAGUUGGCAGAUGUAGACCCUACUCUUCGGCCCAGCCAGCUCUCCAUCUCACACUUUAAGAGCCUCUGUGAUGUAUACAGAAAAAUGUGUGAUGAAGACCCACAACUCUUUGCGUAUAAUUUCAGAGAAGAACUCAAGCGAAGAAAAAGCAAAAAUGAAGAAAAAGAAGAGGAUGACGCAGAGAAUUACAGACUCUAGCUGCUGCCUGGGCGCGAGCAGCCUACCAGAUGUCGAUUUGCACUACGUGGAGCUUCUUUUGUAGGUACUCUUUUGUCUUUACAGAAUGACAAUAAAAAUGCCAAUGACUAGAUGUGACUUAUUUUCCUUUUACUAUGCAGCUUGGCAGAGAAAAUAAAUAUCAUCAAAUAAGGUACAGUACAAGCUUUCUUUUAAUAUAUACUGUAUAGAUAUGACAUGUUUGUUUAGUAUAAACAGCAUCUAUUACAAUCUUACAAAAAUGAAGUAUCUGCACAUUUUGCCCCUAAACCACAUUAAAAUAACUUAAAUAUGCUUUAAAUAAAGCAAAAACUAACAAACAGCUGAAAGAAAAUGCCCAGAGGAUUUAAAAAAAUGGCCCUUUGAAAACUAUUAAUCACAACUUCCCCAGCCUUACUUUUUCCACAUAACUUAAAAUAAUUAGAAUGUAAUUUUAAGGAUUCUAAAUCAUUUGAUACCUGCUCAGAGUGGAUAUAAACUAAGUAAUUUACAGAUUCUGACCAGUUUCAUCUAGGUUUCUGAUCCACAAUAAAUUAAAAUAACUUAAAUCUUUACAACCAUUUUGUGGGAAAAUGUAUACUGCACAAAACCCAGGAAUGAAGUUUUUUUUUUUUUUUUGCAAUUUCCACUUUACCACCAGUUUAAAAGUAAAAUGAGGAAUUUAACCCAUAUCUGGAUUGAAUCGUACUAUGAUUUUCCGUGGCUCUCUGUUUCAUAAAAACACUCCUCAUUGACAACAGAUGUUAAACUCUGGACACUGAAUUCUCGCUCUAGAACAGAAUUUAGGUCGAUGGUGGCAUCUUCAGAUUGACUGUCAAGGGACUGGUGACGGAUCUGCGCCUUGAGCAAAGUUCCUCUGUCCCUCUUGGUGCUGUUGGCUUUUCGUUUGAUGGGGCAGAAGUGCCCCCGGACCAGUUUAGGCUGCUCUCUUCCUUUCUGACCCUCACCCGACUCCGGGCCAGGCUGCUGCUCAGCCUCGGGGUGAACGUCUGGGUCCUCGGAAAUUCUCAGUCUCUGGAACUGAAUUUCGAUGUCUUUAGUAGGGCUGCCCCGCUUCACAUUCUGAUGGUGGUCAUCAUCUUCAUCGCUCAGGAUGUCACUCUCUUUGAUGAGAUUGUCAGCAAAAUCUGCCAAGCCGGGGUGUGGGUAUUUCCCGGGAGAAGCGCUCUUGGAGUCCUGCCUGCCCUCGGCCGUGGGGCAGCCGCCGCUCUGGGUGCUGCUGCUCAAGCUGCCCUCGUCGGAGUCCAGCAAGGUUCCUUUGCCAGUCUCACCGGUCCACUCGUUGCUGGAGGAAUUCUUCAGGACUUUUAAAGACCUGGAUGAAGCUGCAGUGAGAAAAACACAUUUCGCUGUGAUACAGAAACAGGUUACACAAUGUGUAAUGUUUGCCUCAAAGCUUGUGUAAGAUUUAACAUUAAGAUUUUAUUUUAUGAUAUGACUUCAGUUAGCAACUAUCCCGGUAAUUAGGCAAAAAUGUAGCUACUGAAAACAUGGAAAUUUUUGACUUAGGUUUACAGUUGUAAGUUGGGCAAUUCAGCAUUUUUAGAUUACCAGAGCUCAAUUAUUUAGACAGAACUAGACACUAGAAACUACUAUAUGGGCUAAGAUUCUUAUUUUGCCAAUGAGUAAAUUGAAAAGUUAAUUGCUAAUAAAUCUAGGCUCCUUUCUUUCACUAAGGUGCUUUGUAAUUUGAUCACAAAGAUCACACCAUAUUCCUAUGCAUCUUCUCACCUUGUGGAUUUCCCUUGCUGCUCAAUUAAAAGUAGAAAAUGUCCCUCCCCCCCACUUUUUAAAGACAGUGUCUUGCUCUGCCACCCAGGCUGGAGUGCAGUGGUGUGAUCUCUGAUCACUGCAACCUCCGCCUCCUGGGCUCAAGUGAUCCUCCCAUCUCAGCCUCCUGAGUAGCUGGGACUAUAGGUGCGCAUGAUCACGCCUGGUUAAUUUUUAUAUUUUUUUGUAGAGAUGGGGUUUUGCCAUGUUGCCCAGGUUGGUCUCAAACUCCUGUUCUCAAGAGCUCAAGGGAUCCACCUGCCUUGGCCUCCCAAAGUGCUGGGAUUACAGGCAUGAGCCACCAUGCCCAGCCUAGAAAAUGCUCUUUAUCUCUCAUAUGAGAAUUGUCUCUGCUGGAAUUUCAAACCAACUUUCUGAAAUGUUAUUUUAUAGGGGUGUGUGUGUGUGUGUGUGUGUGUGUGUGUGUGUAGUUCUCUUGGAUUGAAAGAAGGAAGGCAGUUCUCAGUUUUGGUGUUUCUAUAAAUAAUAACAGCAUGUUAUUUUGAUGGCCAGUUUAUUUUGACAAUGGAGAAAAUAGUAAAUAUGUGGUAAAUCUGAAGAGGUCACACUGAUUUGACAUGAAAAAGAGAAGUUUUACAUUUUCUAAGCCUAAAAACAACAAAGAUAAUAACAAAAUAGUUAAUGUAGAAAUAAGGUUCUGAAAACUUAAGCUGAAAUUUUAGAAACAAGCAGAAAGAACAGUGUGAUUUGAAAUGCUUACUUGGUGCCUUAUCGAUUAAGAAUGAGUAUAAGAGGCCCCUUAACUUAGAUGGCAUUACGUCCCAAUCAACCCAUUGUUAAGUUGAUAAUAUGGAAAGUCGAGAAUGCAUUUAAUGUACCUACUAACCAUUGCAGCUUAGCCUAGCCUGCCUUCAGUGUGCUCAGAACACUUACAUUAGCCUAUGGUUGGGCAGAGCACAAGGCCUGUUUUAUAAUUAAGUGUUGAAUAUCUCAUGAAAUGUAUUGAAUGCUGCACUAGAAGCGAAAAACAGAAUGGUUGUCUGGAUACUCGCAGUACGGUUUCUACUGAAUGUGUGUCACUUUCACACCAUGGUAAAGUCAAAAAAUUGUAGGUUAAACCAUCAGAAGGUGGAGACCCUCUGUGUAAGGUUCUUGAUCUUCAUUCAGCAUUGACCUUCAGGAUGCCUGGCACUGUUCUGAGCACUGGAAAUACAGCAGUGAGGAAAACAAAGUCCCUGGACCCAUGCACAUCUUAGUGGAAGAAACAAAAUCGUAUCUUUGGACUAUGUUAGCGGGUAGGAAGACAAGGGAUCGGGGUUGGAGGUAGCUGUAUUUUACAGUAGAAUGUUUGGGAGCAAGAGGCAUGUUUAGGUUUCUUAAAAGGAGAUAAAGGUACCUCGAUGACUUACAAAGUGAAAACUCACAGCUAUAUUACAAGAGCAUAUAUCCUUUUCAGAAGCUCAUAAUAUUUUCUUGAAUAAACACAAGGCUAGCAAAAUUCUCACCUAAUUUGGCCGAAACAGGAACUCGGUUCUUAAGAGGUACCAGGCGAUCCUUACACGUUUUCUCCAGUGGUAAUUCACACUUUAUGUGACGCCUGAAGUUUUCCCUCAGAAUAGAACGAAUCACCUUAACAAUGUUGGUUUUGCUUUCACUGUCACUGGGUGGGGGCGGGGGGGGAGAGAAAACAGCAGAAGUGUCCAGAGUGUUCAUCAUGCUUCCAUUCCACGCCCGCCUGUGUUCCUGUGCCUUGCACCUGCUGGACCAGGCUGCCAGCCAGCCACCCAACAGCAGUGCCAUGUGGCCUCCCGUACAAAAGGAGGUGAGAAUUGAUCACUCUUAAGAUUUUGAUAUUUAUUUAAUCAACAUAUUCUCAUACUAGCAGCCUCAGUUGCCUUUUUCAGAGGGUGGGGAGUGUGACCCUGAUGUCAUCAAAAUUCAGGAGGGCACUAAAUAUAAACUCCCUUCCUUAAGAGACAUAAUUCUGUUAUUUCUCUUGGUUUUAAUCUUUGGAAGUCAGUCAUACCUGCAACACAACUGAAAGAUGGUUUCUGGCCGUCCUUCUAUUUCUGACUUCGUAUGGAUCAGUUCCCAUAUGGAAUUAUUUUCUGUCCCUGUGUAAAAGGAAAUGGAAACAAGAGUCUACAACUUUGCCCAAAAUGCUGUGGUUAAGAACACUUGUAAAGUUUAAAUCUCAUGAGUUAAGAAAGUCUAAUAUUCCCAGUCCUGGCUCAUUUUCUUCUGUGGCUUGUUCUAUGUAUGAUUUUCACAGUUACAAGAACUGAAAUGCCUUUUGGUUACUUUUUACAUUUCCUGCUGCAGAUUUUCCUCCAUCUGAACCACCUUCACCCUCUCUCUGGAGCCCCUCUCUGCGGAAGAGGAGAUUCAGUGGAUCCUAUUCUUCAACCCUCCUUUGCAGUUUUGCCCUUUCCUUGGAAGGAACAGGAGCUGGGGUACUUGAGGUAAAAGAGGCCAGCCCCAAAUGUGGUCAUGUUCUAGAAAACAUAAGCACUUCUGACAAAAGUUAAACAGAAGCCCAGCAGGCCACUGCAUGACUCAGCCUGCUGGCCUCUUCUGUCACCAGAGACCUGUCACCAAAACAAGGUUACUCUGGAAGAAUCUCUGAACAUUUUCCAGAGUCAAAGAUUUUUUUCUUUUUAUAUCACCUACAGUACUACCUAACCUUAAGGAAUUUUCUGCUAUAUUCUAAAUUUGUAAAAACAAAUUUGUGGAUCUUUGUUUUUCUAACACAUUUUAGGGUAUCAAGGCAGAAAGGAAAAUGUUGAAAACUAUUGAUAGGGAAAAUAAGGAAACAAUGAAAGGCAUUUGGCAAAGAAAAAGCUAUCCACCAGCUUUUAGUUUCUCCCAGAAAUCUGCUAAGGAACAUCAAAACAACCUCUCUUGUCCUCGUUUUCCUUGUCUAUAAAAUAAAAGGCACCAAAAAUUA